AUGAUUGGUAGAAGUGGUAACAAUGUUGCCGCGCGCCGAAGGCUGGGCCCUAACGUAACGAAGAUCCUCUACCGCUGGGGUUUCGAGGAAAAGCUGAAGGCCUGUGCGGUCGUCUCGCAAUACACGCAAUUUAUGCGCUACAUGAGGAAGUUUCUGUAUGACGCAGCCGUCGAGCACGGCACGACGGUCCGCACAAAUGCGCAAGCAGUGGAGGUCAAGGUUCGCCGGGAGAGACCAUCCGUCAUACUUGCCUCUGGCGAGGAGAUUUCCGCGGACUGCAUCGUGGGUGCGGAUGGCGCCGUUGAUUCCCUGUGCCGCAAGGUAAUUCUGGGUGGGCCGGAACACGAAGUCUUUAAGAACGUUAUGAUGUUCAACUUAGUCAUUGCCGCCUCCAGUAUGCAGUCAGACCCCGAGCUGGCGAAGCUGUUGAAAGGCAAGGAGGAAGGCACGGUCUAUGUCUGGUACGGCGACUCGUAUGGUGUCACAGGAUUCAUGACACAAUCUCAGUCAGAAAACGAGUUUUCCCUUCACAUAUAUGCGCCCAGAGAGGAGGGCGAUGAACAAGCCAAACGAGCGGAGGGAUCUGCCAAGUUGAUGAAGGCGUUGACGGGUUGUGAGCCACGGCACGUUUUACUCAGCGUGCGUUUGCGCAUCUAUCUGACAUCCAUAUUAAGUCUGCGCAAGCUAGCAGAGCGGGCGCACACCGUCAUUGCCGUACCCGUCAGCGGCAAAGCACAUAUGCAGGAGUGGACCCACCCCGAUGGCCCCGUGCUGAUCGUCGGCGAUGCCGCACACCCGAUAACGGCUGGCAACAUGUAUGCGAUGGGGCUCGCGGCUGAGGACGGCAUGAUGCUCGGACGGCUCUUCCACCAUCUGCACCGCAAGGACCAGAUUCAAUCCUUCCUCGCCGCGCUGUCGACGAAGCGCAUGGAGCGCAUCGCGAAAGUAAACCAAGUGCAGCGCGUAAACCCACUCGCAAUGGCGCUCCCUGCAGGCGUCGAGCAAGCGCGCUACCUCAAGACGACGGUCGAGCACAUGGACAACGCAAUGGCCGUGGUCUUCCUUGAAGAGGCUAUCCGCACUAUUUUCUCAUACGACCCGGAGGACGAGGCGGACGACUGGUGGGUCGAAUGGGGCCUCUUGCAGGACCGUGCAGCACGCACGGUCCCGUCCUCUGCGGCGAUCACAGUGGACAUCCACACAUAG